GUCCGCGUGCCGAGUACCGAACCCGUUGGGUUUUGGCGUCGAGACUGUACCUGUGAUGUGAUUCCGAUUCAAUUGGAAUUGGAUCGAGGUAAACGAGUGAAAUAUUACAAUUCUUUGUGGGUACUCCUUUAACGGAAGAUAUCGACCUCGUCCCAUUGAUCGAUGUAGUACGUGUGCUUCUCUGUACCACGACCGCGAUGCAGUGACACUAUCGAUGCCGAGGGGCAAGUGGAGAUCGGCAACCAAAUUGAGGGGUUGAAAAAUCCUCAAUAACGCAGGAGCUUGUGUCAUCGGACCCUAUGAUUGGACGGAUUCGAAGCGAUGAUGGAGGAACGCAGAAGCAUAAUGGGACCCUCUCGUGGCCGUUGGAGGGGCAGCGCUUGAGAUUUGAUUGCUGUUCUUUUUAAUCCCCGAAUCCCCAUCCUUCUUCACUUUCAGUUAUCUGCGAACUUCUGUGUUGUUUUCUUUCCCUUUUGGAGAUAUCCCAGACAAGUCAUCUUCCACGACCUUCAUCAUGGCUUCCAACCCCCCUGCCGCCUGCUGCGCUACUGGCUUCAAGCAUGAGGGCACCCCCGUUGGCGAGGUGAAGAACAUCGACGGAGUCGACACCUACAUCACCUACCCCAAGGACAACAAGACCCCCGAGAAGGCCAUCGUCUUCCUCACCGACAUCUUCGGCAUCUUCCCCAACUCCCAGCUCCUCGCCGAUGAGUUCGCCAAGAACGGCUACCUGACCGUCAUCCCGGAUCUGUUCCAGGGUGACCAGAUUAGCGUCGCCGACAUGGAGUCCGGCAAGGCCGAUCUCCCCGCUUGGUUGCCCAAGCACCAGCCCGCCAACGUCGACCCCGUCGUCGAGGCUUCAAUCAAGUACGUCCGUGAGACCUUGGGCGUGAAGAAGGUCGGCGCCGUUGGUUACUGCUUUGGUGCUAAGUACGUCACCCGCUUCCUGAAGACCGACAAGGUCGAUGUUGGUUUCGCUGCCCACCCCUCCUUCAUCACUCACGAGGAGCUUGGCGCUAUUCAGGGCCCCUUCUCCAUUGCCGCUGCCGAGACCGAUUCCAUCUUCACCACCCAACUCCGCCACGAGUCCGAGGACACCCUGAUCAAGGCCGGUCACCCCUGGCAGAUCAACCUCUUCAGCGGCGUCUCCCACGGCUUCGCCGUCCGCGGUGAUCUGAACGUGAAGAUCCAGAAGUGGGCUAAGGAGCAAGCCUUCGUCCAGGCCGUUGCCUGGUUCAACCAGUACCUGUAAGGAAAUAGAAUCCAUGCUGGUUUAGAUAAUUGGGCGCCGGUCUCUUUGUCUUGCAUACUUCCCUUUUGGCCUGGGGCACUUGGGCUGAUUGGUUUCGUAGAGAUGGGGCUGGUGAUUCUGAAAUGCAUGCCAAGUUAUGAGAAAAUGGAAUAUCAUCGUUUUUGAGAAUUGGAUAUAAGAAGUUUUUGAAAUAUGUUGCAAUUGAUGUCUAUAAUCUAUUCAAAACACGCUUUUCGUAGGUCAUCUUCACGUGAAACGCUGUUAAAUCACCCAUGCUGAACAAGGUCAGAACUGAUUGAUGUGGGAGUGGGAGUGGAGUGAAUUACUCCGAUCAAUGGAAAUAUAUGGGUAUUGACAAAUAUUUGAUCUGCCUGUCACUCUACUCGGGAGAGCCACAGGUGAAGACACCGCGUACGGUGCCGG